AAACUCAAUUCUGAGUUUUGCACCUUCUUCUUCUUCAUCUCUUUUAAGCCCACACCCACCAUUUGCUCACACACUAUUCUCGAUCUCUAAUGAAGAUUAUGGGAUUUUCUAAAGAAGAGAGAAGAAAGAGAUUUGUAAGAUGGAUCAAAACCAUCAUCUUUUUAAUCACUAUGUUAAUUUCUCUUUUCUUACUCUCAGCGCCCAUUCUUCUAGUCAUCGCCGAUGCCCUACUUCCUUCGGCUCUAUUAUCGGCUUCACUUUCCCUUAAUUUACAAGCUCUUUCUUCUCAUCUGAACAACUAUGACUUCCGAUCCUCACUCAUCGAUAUCCCUCUUGUAUCCAUCAUUCGAUCAGCCAUUAUAUUAUGUGUUUACGGUUUUUGUGACGGUCCGAGGCUGUCAAGGGGGCCAUAUUUAGGAAUUGCCACUAUAUGUUCGGUGUUAUCUCUGGUGUUCGUGUCGUUAAAGGCUGCGUACGUUUUUAGACGCGGAUGCUCGGGAGCCGUGGAAGUGGCCUUGUUCGUGUGUUCAUUCGUGUUGGCAAUUGGGCAUGUAGCUGUGGCGUAUAGGACCAGUUGCAGAGAGAGAAGAAAGCUUCUUGUUUACAAAAUUGACAUUGAAGCUGUCUCAGCAUGCAAGAAUGGAUAUUCAAUGUGGAAGAGUAAAGCCAAUACAAAAGCAAAUAUCAAUCCCCCAUAUUUCCAUUAAUCAAAUUCAAUUUUCCAAGAGCCAGGUUUCAGAUUUAUCCAAAGGAGAUCUGCAACCUGAUGAGGAAAACACAGAAGCUGUAGACUAGUGGACAACAUUUUUUGUACACGAUAUAGGCAUAUACAAGUAUUUCAGUACAGAGGCAGUGAUACCCAUUCUGUUUCUACGUCCCCAAACAUGUAAAUAUGUUUUGUGACAUGUAUCCAAGAGCUGCUGCUGGUGUGAUGUGUACUUAUAAGCCUUGUUUUGAGGUGUGCUACCGCAGGGUUCAUUUUAUGAUAGAUUUGUCUCAUAGUUUUCAAUCUCUAAAUCAUUCCUUUCAGAGUUGAAAAGCUGUGCAAGUUAGAUAGGAGCCGUGAUCAUAUAAGUUGUUAUUGUACAAGAAUGUCGAGUUCUUCAAUACAAGUUAAUGUUUGCACAAAGUUUUAAUUGGAA